CUAGCCGAUCAGGACUGCCUUACCAGCAGUGAACACAGAUCGUUAUGCUCUAACGAAGUGGUCAAUCUUUAUCUCCUCUGCGAGGAAAGCGGAUCCAUCUCGCAUCACGUUCAAAUUAGAAAUGCCCCCGACCUCGUCGACAUCGUCCUCCACGACAGCUAUGUGGUCCUACUCACAAAGACAAAACUGCAAGUGGUGAACCUCAAGACAGUGUGUAACGACCUGAUCAGCAUGGAAGGGACCAGCAUGGAAGAGGCGAACACGGAAGAGGCGAACACGGAAGAGGCGAACACGGAAGAGGCGAACACGGAAGAGGCCAACGUGAAAGAGACCCGCGUGGCUGAUGCACCCCCCACCAGGGAGAGGACAAACAUCGUAAACUUCGUUUCGAUCCCCUUGCCCAAAAUGUUCGCAAAUAAAAAAACAAAAUUGUUUAUGACUUGUUCAGGCGAAAAAAACACAUAUUUUAUUGUAGCCAGUUUUUUGGUCAAUUUAAAACAGCGUAAACAGAUGAGACAUCGGAGGGGAAACACAACAUGUAGUGGUAAGGCAACCCACGAGUGGUACGCACACAAAAAAUACUACAUCUCCGUGGUUCUGUUCUGUGACGCAUCGAAUGGAAAUGAAUGGAAAAUUUUAAAUUAUGAGAGGAGUCCCUUCCUCCGCUCCAAGCAGAUGUUCUUGUUUGAGAAUAACUUGUUCCUGCUGGGUGGGGCGCAGAAGAAGGGCUUCGUUUGGGAGCCCAGUCGGAGGGAGCUGCUCAACGGGGGGCUCAUCAGCGGUGGUUUGCGGGGCCGAAAGGGGGAAACCAUACGAGCUGCCACCCGAGCGGCCACUCGAACGGCUACUCAAACCGCCACUCAAAAUGCCACCCGAACGGCUACUCAAAAUGCCACUCGAACCGCCACCCGGAGCUUCCCCCGCGGACACAAAAUCUCCCGACGAAAAAUCAACCUGUGCAACGAACUGAAGAAAUACCAAAGAAAAAGCGAAGGAUAUACCGAGGGAGAAGCAGGCUGGGCAGGGGAUCUCCCCCCAAAAAAGAGACACAUUUUUUAUCACCCCCACGUACUGUUACACUACAUAAAAAUGGGUCUCUUUUCUCACGUCUUUAUGGCACUGAAGUUACUCCUGAACCUUUUGCUUAACAAAUUUUUUAGUUAUGUGGAGAGAAUCCAACUUAGAAGUAACAGCUCGGGGGAGGGAUAUUCUAUCAAGAAGCAUUGCGCUCUGCAGGUCCUACUGAAUGACAACAAUUUGAGGAAAUCAGUUCAGGAGAAUUUUGGAGAUAUAUGCACUGUACAGAAGAGUCACUUCCUUUUUAACGUAAAUUUUUUGACCACUGAAAUAUGUAAGAUCCAACAGAAUGCGCAAGGUAUGGUUAAUGGUGUAGGUGGAGGAGAUACAGAUGGGAAGGAACAGGGGGAGGAGACCCACCUUCAAGGGAAGAACCCUAAUGGAGAUGUAGGAGACCAGAAGGAUAGAUCCAUGUACCUGUUCGAAGUCGAGUCGGUGUCGCUGGACGAUUUUAAUCUGAACUCUGAUGAGGAGGAAUCUACCCCGUCGAAGCAGGGUGGGGAGAAGGAGAAGGCCCCCACCCCGUCGCGACGUUCGGAUAGAAGCGGGAGCAGUGACCGAAGUGACCGAAGUGAUCGAAGCGACCGAAGCGACCGAAGCGACCGAAGCGGGAGUAGCGAAGACGAACAGGAGCGGGCGCAGCGGAACUUCAAGUCCUCCCUGAAAACCGCCAGCGUGACUAACUGCCAAUUGACGGCGGAAGAGGUGAAGGUCCUACAGAUCCUUCUGCUCCAUGUGAAUGUCCCUCACUUGAGGGCCUUCGACCAACUCCUCCUCUUUUGCGUGCUGAACGCAUUCUGCGUCAUUUCGGGGGCCCCCCCUAGGGAUGACAAUGCCAGCUACAGUGACAGUGAGAGCGUGCGCACCGUGCGAAGCAGUGGAGGUGACGACUUCGGCAGCAGUCACCCAUCGGAAGACCCCGAUGCGCAAACGGGAGCACACACCUCCAAACAAUCCUGCAGAUGCCACUGUGAAUACUUCGGCCUGCACCUCCAGAAGGAGCUCAUCAAGACAGAAAAUAUGUACCUGUGUGACCACGUGCGUGGGAGUAAAGACAAAGGAGGACAACCUAAUGGAAGUAACAUGACCCAAGUGAUCCUCUUCUUUUAUCGACUCUACAUCAAUUGCUGCCUCUUCCUAAACAUAACCCUUGAAAUUCACUACCAGUAUGCCUACCUCCUUUAUUUUGUGCGUGCAAAGGUUGCAGUGGAGCUGAGCAGUUAUUUGGAGAACCUCCUGACGUACUACAACUACUCCUUUCGCUUCCCCAUUAGUGGCAGUGACUUGAGCAGUGUAGACCUAUUCGACAUGAAUAGCGCGGGUAGUACUGAUCACUUGGGUGGGAAACACAGUUCCCAUGUCAAUACUGGUUCACGUUCGUACCACUACGAUAAUGAUAGAAUACCCUCCCAUGGCCGCCUCAUACGAUGGAUACGAAAAGAAAAUACCCCACCACAAGUAGAACUAAAUAAUGUGCUAAUUCAGCAAAUGAAAAACGUCAAACUGGUAGAAGAAGAAGUAAAAAAUUUUUGUUUUUUCUUUUUAUUUAGACGUAUGAAGUUAUUCUAUGUACUGCACGAUAGGGAUAACUUAUUUUCCCUUCACGAGGUGCUAACGAACAGGACAAUAAAAAAAAUGAACAGCCUGAAUGUCGAGGACAAAGAGAUACAAAAUGAAGUGAACGAAUGCUUGGACUUCUUAGCAUUGUUAUACUUAGCAAAAAAUGAGAAACAGAAACUCAUGAUGUUGUAUAAAAUUAAAAAACAACAAAAAAUUUUUGAAUUCCUUUCUAAUGACUUUUCCCAGGAGAGAUGGAGUAACGCUCUCAUGAACAAUGCCUACAAGUUGAUGCAAAUUAAAAGGUACUACCUUGCUAUCGCCUUUUUCAUCCUUCGUGGGGACAUUAAAGACGUGAUAGAUGUGGCUCAUCAGUAUUUAGAGGACCCCCAAUUGAGUGUCUUCCUUAUUAGACUCAUUUAUACCUCCUACGUGGAGAAAGGGCAAUGCCUGGGAGGGAUAAAUAACCUUUCGGUGCACGCAGCGUCUGUCCCGUUUGGGGGGAGUGGUAGCGUGCUGGAGGACUCCAGUGUGUCCGCCGUGCAGGGCAGUGGCUACCUCCCCUCCAGCGAGGCAGGCGAGAUCAGCGAAGCGGGGGAUGCGCCGAGUAGGGAAGCCCAGGAGGGUGAAGUGGCAGGGGCGAGGAAAGAAGUCGAAGAGGAACGGAGCAGCUACCCGAAGGAACGGAGCAGCUACCCGGAGGAGCAGAGCAGCUACCCGGAGGAACGGAGCAGCUACCCGAAGGAGCCGCUUGACUUCAUGAUGGAACACUUGAACUACAUUUUUUCGAAGAAGCUGAAGGCCGACCGCGAUGAAGGUGUUCAUGGUAGGUACCACCUUCUCGAGAAAAACUACUUAGACGUGAUGAAAAAUAUCCUGCUAGGGAACUACCGAGAGGUGCACUCCAAAUGUAAGGAGCCAAAGAGGUACGAUUUUCUCCUUCUGGUGUUGAAAAAUGUAAUUAUGGGUAGAAUAAGGAGACAGGAGAAAGGACAGGGGGAUGCACUGAGGAUGGGUAUGCUGUGCGGGGAUGACAAAGACGGACUCGGUCAAGGUGGACUCGGUCAAGGCGGACUCGGUCAAGGCGGACUCGGCCAAGACGAAGAAGACUGCACCUUCAGGAUGAGUAAAAUCGAGUGCUACUUCAGCUCCCUCCACUUUUGCUCACAGCAAAUGAGUAACCUAUCGUUCAUUUUGCUGUUCCUUUUUUUUCACAACCCCGACAAAGACGAAGAGUUGAUGCACCUCCAUGACAGACUGAAAUUCUUCCUGUGUGUCUCCUCUGAAUCCUACUUGGAAACCCUUCUCGGUGCAAAUAAAUUUUUGUUUGAGAUUAUUUUUGCUUCCUCCUGUGUGAAGGGGGUAGCGAGUGGCCACUGGGAGGACAGAGACAGCUCCAUCGACUUCACGCAGUCGUUGAAGCUGUUUGCGCGGCUGGUGCACUUGCUCUUUGAGUGCAUCAGCCCGGGCGGUGGCAGCGAAGGCAGAAGCAAGCACGGUGACGAGCAGGGUGGUAUGCGCGUUGACCUGCAGGAUGGUACGCAUGGUGGUAUACACUGUGAAGCGAACUGCAACACACUUGGCAACCCGCGCUGUGGUGCGGUCGAACCCGCACCGGCCAUGCUGCGCCUGUUGAACAAGCUGAGGGACAUCAGAACGAAGGACGACUGCGCGAGGAGGCGCAACCUGAGCCGCUUCCUAACCACCCUACUGCAAAAAAUAAAUAGCAUGCACGGUGGCCACAGCACCCACCUCCUGGUCACCCCAAACAACCCCAACCAUUACAUGCGCUACCAAGUUGCAAAGAACGGAAUGAGGAGACAUCCAAGUCACACGGCAAUCCCCAACCUCUACGUUGCCUUAAAUAAAUACAACACCCUCCUGACUCACUUAUUUUUUUACUUCUUCACUCUGCACAUUGUAGAAGAAGCAAAGAGUGAAGACUUCAUCCUGUUCGUACUGAAUAACAUCCUCCCGAUUCUCUUUAUCUACGUAAAUGACAUCGUUAGGGUUUUGUUUAACUUUGUAAAAAAUAGCAAGUACGAAUCGUCGUCCUCUCUACAUGACCACGUGUCCUAUCUACAUGACCACGUGUCCUAUCUACAUGACCCUGUGUCCUAUCUACACGAUCACGUGCCCUCUCUACACAAUCACGAGCCCUCUCUACACGACCACGUGACCUCCCUGCGCGAACCGCUGUCCUCCCUGCACGCUCCAUACCUGCAGAUCGUCAUUCUGCGCGUCGGCCUUCGCAACUGCUUCGCUCGGGAGGGAAACCAAGAAACACAUGUGCCCAGCCGUUUGAAGAAAAAUUUGGAGGUAGAGUCGCAUCACCUGUGUGAACCCAGCACUCAGGAAGAGGCAAGACUAACGAGACAGAGACAACACCUAUGCAGCCAACAAGAAAAUACCCAUAAUAAUGUGCACAUAAAAGUUGACCGAAAAUUUUUUUCCUAUCAUAUUCACCUGUUGGAUCUCUUCCUAUGCUACCUAACCGUGCUGGUGAUAUGCUUCCUCAUGUUGGACACACACUACGGCUUCUUUGACAGUGGAGAGGUCUGCGUGGAUAGACAGAGCACUCAAAGGAAUGGAACAGGAGGAAGUAGAAGAAGAACCCGCCAGAGUAGA